AAUCUCAUAAAUUUAUUCAUUAUCUCUAUUUGUAAUCUUUUAACAUGUUUUGCAUUCAAAUGGAUGUAAAUGCUGGCAGAAUCCGAGUUCAGGAUGGUUUUAAAGCCUGGGGCUCGAGCCUCCCUGCAGCAGGCCAUGUUUACAUGUCUGCGUAUUGUCCUCCAGGUGGCUGUGGUGCCCUUCCCCACAGUGGACGUUCCUGACCACGCCCACUACACCAUUGGCUCCGUCAUCCUCGCCAUUGGCAUCACCGGAAUGGUCGGCAACUUCCUGGUCAUAUACGCCUUCAGCAGGAGCCGCAGCCUGCGGACGCCAGCCAACAUGUUUGUCAUUAACCUGGCCAUCACAGACCUGCUGAUGUGUGUCACCCAGACUCCCACCUUCUUCGCCACCAGCAUGUACAAGAGGUGGAUCUUUGGAGAGAAAGCCUGCGAGCUGUACGCUUUCUGUGGCGCUCUCUUCGGGAUCUGUUCUAUGAUCACGCUGACGGUGAUCGCUGUGGACCGCUACUUUGUCAUCACACGACCUCUGACCUCCAUCGGCAUCUUGACACAGAAACGGGCCCUCCUCAUCCUUGUGGCGGCCUGGGCCUACUCUCUGGGCUGGAGCCUGCCGCCGUUCUUCGGCUGGAGUGCCUAUGUCCCAGAGGGCCUGAUGACUUCCUGUACGUGGAACUACAUGACCUUCACCCCGUCGGUGCGGGCGUACACCAUGCUGCUCUUCACCUUCGUCUUCUUCCUGCCACUCUUCAUCAUCAUCUUCUGCUACGCCUUCAUCUUCCGAGCCAUCCGCACCACCAACCAGGCUGUGGGGAAGAUUAGCGGCAGUGUUCACAGUCACGGCAGCAGUCGCGACUCGGUGAAGGGUUUCCAGCGACUGCAGAAUGAGUGGAAGAUGGCGAAGAUCGCUCUGAUCGUCAUCCUGCUCUACGUCAUCUCCUGGUCGCCGUACUCCAUCGUCGCACUCAUCGCCUUCGCUGGGCACGCUGACAUGUUGACUCCCUACAUGAACUCUGUGCCCGCCGUCAUCGCCAAGGCCUCAGCCAUCCACAACCCCAUCAUCUACGCCAUCACACACCCUAAGUACAGGGUAGCAUUAGCCAAGUACAUCCCCUGUCUCGGCGUCUUGCUCUGUGUUCACCCUCGUGACCUGCGCUCCACCACCAGCAGCUUCAUGUCCACACGUCGCUCCACUGUGACCAGUCAGGCCUCCGACAUCAGCAGCCAGAUCAGACGGCAGAGCGCCGGCAAGACCCGCCUCUCCUCUGCCUCCGACAGCGAAUCGGGUCUAACGGACAUCGUGGCCGACCUGUCCGGUAUGGGCUCCAGACUGGCCAGCUGCCAGGUCUCCUGUGACAUCAGCAGAGACACCGCUGAGCUCCCAGACUUCAAACCUUCCUCCAGUUUCAAGUCCAAGAUGAAGAGCCACGACUCAGGCAUCUUCGAAAAGACGUCCUGUGACACUGAUAUCUCUACACCAGGAGUCAGUGAACACAGCAGCAACCCAAAUAGCAGGGAUGUGAUGAGAAGCACGAGCGGUCGGAUCCCCAGCAUCGUCGUCACCUCGGAGUCCACCGCCUUCCUUCCUGUUGGACGCAGUGGUUCACGCACCGCUCACUCCAAAGCGGCCAACAGCAACACGGAGGUGGGGUCUGGCUAGAGCUCCACCUACCCCGCUGACUGCAGCAGCCAAUCACCUGCAGCCAGCUGACCAGCUCAUGUCCGGUCAGAUAUUUAGAGCUCAGACACACCUGAGAGGUUCCUCUGCAGCUCAGAUACAAGCAGCGCCCUUGUUUUAGCUUUAUACCUGGUGGGAUUAGAUGAGUAGAUCCUAAUUUUUACACAGAUUGACACAGAUUUUAAUUCAAGACCAAUUUCUUCCAAUGAAAUUACAGGAACAUUUUUGCAUUUUCUCUCUUAAAGAGCAACCUAACCCCCGGCUGAAGCUGGAGCACACCUUCACAUAGUCAAAACAAAAAGGUUUUUAGUUUGAAUGCGCUGAGUGUCUCCGCAUCUCACAGGACCCACAAUGGAU